UCCCUGACCCCAACCGUUCGCUCAACUCGCUCGCUCUGCCAUAGUCGGGGCCUGGAUCACGAGAACACCAGGAAGAAGGGAACAUGUCCCCGCACCCGGCUCAGAAAGAGCCACCCAAGCUGUCCAAGGGAAAAGGGAAAGGCGCCAGGCGUGUGAGUAAUUUGUCAGAAGAACAGCGGAACAAGAAACGAGAGAACGACCGGAUAGCACAACAAAAUAUUCGCCGCCGCAACAAAGAGCUGAUUGAGAAGCUCCAACAAGAGGUGGAGGAUCUCAGAAAGCGGGAUAGGGUGGACAUGGUAAGCCGGUUGAUCAGGCGGAACAGGGAGCUGGAGGACGAGGUACAUGCGCUCAGAAAAACCCUUUUCUUGCAUACUGGCCGGCCGUAUCCCACACCUGGAUUUGAAGUGGAAGGACUGCCCCCAGGCGGGCAUUCGGGCGAUUACAGCGUGCCGCAUUCUUUCGGAUCGCCGUACCUCACCACCGCGAACCCUUACGACCAGUGGCCGAGCAGCGUGGUACCUGUCCCAUCUACGGUCACAGUCAACUCGGUCGAGUCAAGUCCAGGGGCGUCCGGGCACGGAGACGAUUUUCCGCCGGCGUACGUGCACUCGGGUGUGCCGGCGAUCGACGGGACCGUCAUCGCGGGUAAUACAUCGGCGCCCAGCCUCAAUCCUGCCAAGGCGGAGUACCAAGAAGUUGACACCGGAUCAUCGAACAACGCCUAUCCCGGCCACAACGCGCAACACCCUUCGGCGUACUUGCACGAGCCUCCGUGGGUGUAUCCUGCCGGUACUUACUACACCACACAUUGAAUACAAAGCGGGACUGGGACUUUCCAGGGAGCCG